AUGGCCUCUAGCCGGUCGUCUCAGUCGCGAUCUUCGCGUGCGCCUCUCAGUGAUGCCACAGGCCGUGUUGUUAACGCGCCGCCGCGUCAUGCCGCGAAGCCCACCCAGAACCAAGACCUCGAGAUCAAUCCCUUGAGAGCCCACCCGGUGUCCAACGCUGAGCGGCAGAGCUCCCGCCCGCAACCCAGCAAGGAGGCUACACAGCGCCAGUCCACAUCAACCGCAACCAGAACUGGCAAUGAUGACGCCGACCCGGAGAAACGCGUAUCGCAGAUCUCCAGUUCCAGUGGUGCGUCGAGCGGGAAGCGCAAGACUCAUAUCGGACCUUGGCAGCUGGGCAAGACUCUGGGGAAGGGAUCCGCCGGCCGGGUGAGACUUGCUAGACAUCAUGCUACACGGGAACAGGUUGCUGUCAAGAUAUUGCCCAAGUUCAAUCAGCACAUGACGCAGGCUGGAAGCCUCGCCAACAUCGACGCUUGGGACCGAAACCAGCCCGAGUUUACUGCUGAGAAGCGCAUGCCCCUGUCCAUCGAGAGGGAGGUCGCCAUCUUGAAGCUCAUUGACCACCCCAACAUCAUGAAACUCUUUGACAUAUGGGAGAACCGCUCCGAGAUAUACCUGGUUCUCGAGUACGUCGAGCAGGGUGACCUCUUCGAGUACAUCAACUGUGUCGGGCCCAUCCCGGAACUCGAGACCGUCUUCUACUUCCGGCAGAUUAUCAGUGCCCUCGACUACUGCCAUUCGUUCAACAUCUGUCAUCGUGAUUUGAAGCCCGAGAACAUUCUCUUGACGAGCAAGGGCCAGGUCAAGAUUGCCGACUUUGGCAUGGCUGCCAUCCAGCAGGGCCCCAAUCACCGACUCAAGACUGCUUGUGGUAGCCCUCACUACGCGGCACCCGAACUGGUGGAUCGCAAAAGGUCUGGGUACAAUGGCGCUACGAUUGAUGUCUGGAGCUCGGGCGUCAUACUGUAUGCCUGUCUUUGUGCUCGGCUCCCUUUUGACGACAGAGACAUGCACGAGCUCCUCCGAAAAGCUCGGAAGGGCAUUUACGACGAGCCAAAGCUGCUCAGCCCGGCAAUGAAGGACCUUUUACGCAAGAUGCUGACUCCACAGCCAGAGGCCCGCAUCACCAUUGCCAGGAUCUGGAAGCACCCGCUGAUCACCCAGUACGAUGAGCUAGAUGACCUGAACGGGAAGCGGCACGACGAUGACCUAGACGACAUCCGGAAGUAUGGCAGGAGCACUCGGGUCGAGCCCCAGGAUAUCGACAUGCAGACACUGCGGCAGCUUCAUUCUAUGUGGCAUACCUUCACAGAAAGGGAACUGGCUAUGAAACUUGUCACGGAUGAGCCCAACGAUCAGAAGCUAUUCUACUGGCUCCUGUUCAACUACAGGGAGAAGAGACUCGAGAACUAUGUUGGCGAGAUGACGCACUCCCCCAGUGACUACCACCACUUGCGUCCCGCCAAUUGGACCAAGAAGUUCACCACUCUGGAGUUCCCUGGAAGAUUUGGCAGAACUCCUUCUCGAUUCACCGUCAUCUCCAAUGUUGCCACCGAUGAAAAUGGUAUUGAGACUGCGACCGACUGUGGAACUAUCCAGAGCUACGAUCCGUACAAGUCUUCGAGGAUCAUGGGCGGACCCGACGCCAGCCAUGCGAAGAUCACAGUGCACCGCAAUGGCAGUCUCGCCAAGAGUUCUACUAGAGCCACGAAUAUGCCGCGGAUGAAGAGCGGCUCCAUUAGGAGCAACUCCACCUACUCAAGGCGAGGGGGUCGCGGUCGCCAGUUCGCUGCGUCUGUGGGCAUGGGGGCAUCCCGUCGGUCCUUGACGUCGAUCAAGAGUGCUGGCAGCACUCCUUACUCACGACCGGCUUCGCGUCACACACGCGGUGUUAAUUUCUCACACGCACGCCGGCCUUCAGUCGCACAGCGCCGCCAGCGUGCCGCCCCAGCGAGCAUUGCCGGAGAUGACACAACCUAUGGCCGCGACCGCACUUCGCCCACAGCCCCCCGUAGGCGUGCUGUUCCAUCCCGCAGUCACGCUUCUGCCGGAGCUGCCACACAGUCGAUGGUCAACGUGACAAAGACCAAGGACGCCCAUUUUCAUUGGAAUGACGAGCUACGGCAAUUCAGCUACAGUAUUGCAAAAGACUGCGAUGAAGCGUUCAAUAGUUCCCUGUUAUCACCGGAUACCAACAUUCGAGAGUCCACUCUUGAGCCGACAACACUGGUUUCAAGCAUGGUGGAUCUCACAUGUGACACACGAUCGCUACCAGUAGUAGUCACACCUACUCCAUCCCCUGCUGUUCAACAGGCUGUUGCAGGCACAAACCGCGACUCACACCUGUGGGAUAUGCGACCCUUGCCGCCGCCACCUCCCGCUACUGAGUCGGUUUCGAGGGAGAUCAGAUUGGCUAAGAAGCGGACGGCGCGACGUGCAAGCAAGGAUGACGAAUCACCUGGCCACCUUGACCGCAUGAUGCAACACCUCCAAACUCUGGAUCGUUCUAUUGAUCCGAAGAAGAGUGAGGAGACAUCGAGGACCGUAUCCGCCCCUAUUUACUCCCAGUACAGCACGCAGUGGGGUAAAGACACGAUUCCCUUGCCUUCCAUCAGUGAAGGCCGGAGGGGUUCCUCGACUAGAGAGAAUGACAGACAGAGAACCGUGUCGGCCCCAUCAGGCGAUACCCCGAUUGCACAGUCUACCCCCAAGUACUUCAGUGAACGCAACGGGCUGGAGUACCUUUCUCAACAAGAGAACACAAUUCGCAUGGUCACUUCUCCAUCUGAUUUUGCGCAAGUCCCUGCACCACUGAAUGUCCGCAAAAAGGUUUCAAGAGGAGUCCCUGGUACCCCUCAGGCCCGUCAACAGCUGAACUUGAGGCAGCAGUAUGUAAAUGAUGAGAUGAGAGAGCCUAUACCAGAGGAGCCGUCGACUCCUUCCCAGAAUGAUAGCUUGCCGGAGCCCGUUCGCAAGAGGUCAUGGUUCAAGCGUGCAUCCAAGGACAAGAGCGACUUAUACGGUGCGAAGGCAGUACUCGAUUCGAGUCGCAUGGAAGUUGCCUCUCAAGCGGGCAGUGCAGCAUCAACUGCUACUCCGAUUCCACCCCACAAGAAGAAGAGUUUCAGUCUGGCAUUCUGGCAGAAAAACAAGAACGAAACUCAGAUGAAGCUUUCACUUGGUGAUGUUGAUUUUGAUGAUUCUCCGAGCCCGGAGCCCGUCCGCAUGUUUAGCCACCCAGCUCGACCUCAUCAUGGUCAAUGGAAGGAGAAUGUUGCCACCCGCAAUAUCGAACCUCAACAAAACUGGCUGGCUCGUUUGUUCCGUGUGAAGCCUGCAACAGAGCACCUUUGUUUCACCAUCCCGCGUCGUCGUACCCGCCAGGAGAUUGCUAUCUUGCUUAGAGAGUGGCGUCAGUAUGGUAUCCGCGACGUCCAGGUUGAUAAGGACCGGAAUCUGGUAUUUGGGCGCGUAGGCCCAAAGAACUACCUCAACAUGAAGGAGGUCUCUUUCGCAGCCGAGAUCAUGACCGUCAUUGAGCAUGGCAAGCGCAAUCCCCUCAGCAUUGUCCGGUUUACCCAAGAGCGCGGAGCGGCCAGUAGCUUUCACAAGGUCGUUGACACCAUGCAUGCUGUUUUCAGCGUUCGCAACCUUCUGGUCGUUGACAAACACAAGAUCAAGAUGAUGAUUAGGACAUUGAACUCCUGA